AGAAUCAUGACAAAAUAAAGAGGGGUACGCCGUACGCGUUCUUGAGUCUAGACCGAUAUUAGUUACGUUUAUAGCAUUUAUUUUGUCAUGAGUAGAAUACAGACGUCGGACAAUAUAUACCACACGCUAGAUAUACAGUGUACAGUUAGAAACAAAUCACAAAAAUUUAAAAUACUUAAUACUUACUACCUGCCUAGUGCAGUAGUGCGUAACUUAUAAAAUACUUAGUACUAAUGUUUUAUUGUUUAAGUACAGUGACAUCAGUUUUUUUGACUCGAAUGGCGAUGUAGCCGAUGUACAUUCAUUUGGAUUUUGGAUCCUAGUUUAGGAAAAUAAAAUUAACGUUAAAUUAUCUAAAAAAUAUAUUUAGUGCAUAAAUAUGAGCCUAAUGGAUCAACUUUUUCCAGCAAAUCACAAAACCACAUUCGUGGUGGACCACACUCCAUACUUCGGAUUGGCUAGUAACUCGCAUAUCAAAAUGGACUUCACCAAACGGCCAUCUGGUGGGAUACCACCCGCACCCAUAUUCAAAUCAAUGUGGACGUGUAGCAUUGAGGCUGUACUUGAAUACUGCCGUAUCGUCUGGGAUCUGUUUCCAGAAGGGAAACUUAUACGUGUUAUUAGUAGUGACAUGCAAUCUCGCACUUUGAAUAAUUGGUCAUCUAGUCAACAAAAUGUUAACUACAUGCUGCAUCAUUUAUCAUCUUUAGGGCCACCCGCAAAACUUGUAGCAAAUCCAAAUCGAGACUAUAGUGUUGUGUACGGAUUUCGUACUGCAGCCGAAGCGAUGAUUGAAUGUACUACAGCGCAAAUGGAUCAAGGGGCUAAGAAAAAUAAUAUCGAAGUUCAAAACAAAUGCAGAACAGUUAUUAUCACAUCAGCUAGGGACAACCCAUCAAUAGAUAAUCUUAUGUCCAUGUUUCAUAAUGAAAUGAUCAAAAGCAACAAAUAUGUAACUCAACCCAAUUCAAUGUCUAUUAAUCAUUGUCACUUGGUAAUAAUUAACACUUAUCCAGAUUCUAUAACAUGUGAAGUCACUGAUCGGCCACCUCAUUCCAUAUCACCAAUACUAGAUUUGGAAGUACAUUCAAUUCCUGCAUCCAAAAUUGGUAUUAAGAUAUCAAAUCUUUUAUUAAAACACUACAAUCUAGCUAGUACAACAGUUACCGGUAUUCCUAUGAAGGAAGAACAAAAUGCUAGUUCAUCAGCAAAUUAUGAUGUAGAAAUAUACCAUGCAGCUACUGCACAUACAACUAUUUUAAAUGCAAAUGUAGCUGAUGCCAAAGCAGUGGUUGCAAAAAAAGAAGGAGCGGACUAUGAGACAAUUAAAUUAAAAUGGUGUACGCCUAGGGCAAACAACAAUUUGCCGGAUAUUCACAGUUGUACGACGCUACAUAGAAUCACUCCAGUUGAUAUAAACAGUAGACCGAGCGCAUGUUUGAUAACGUUUUUAUUGAAUGGUCGAUCAGUUUUACUCGAGAUGAUUAAACAAGGUGGUGGUAAAAGCAUGUCACAUGUUCUAAAAUCGUACAAUGGUGAAAUAUAUAUACAUACGGUAUCGUCUGGUCGCACAGUACUUGAAGAUCCACCAGCCAUUAGUGAAGGCCCUGGAGGGAAAGUAACUCAGUACAGAGUAGCUGAUUUUGGUGCUUUUAUGAAGUUAAAUUUACUGCAACCAACAAAAAGAAAACCAACAGAAGAUAAAAACUAUAUUGACGAUGCAAAAGAAAAAUUGAAAAAACAAACUGCAUAUUGGCCAUUAACUACAUCAUCAACUAUAAUUUUUAAUUUGAAACAAUACACUGAACCAAUGUUGUCAUUAAUGGUUAAAGAUAACAUUAGUGAUCAGGAAGUAAUGAAUUGUAAACAAUGUAUUUAUUCUUUGAUGGCCGCUGAAUCAAAGAAUGAACAUCUCAUUACACCCAGUCCAUCAAAUCCACGAAAAAUUAUGAAAAAAGAUGACCAAUACAAAUCUAUGUGGGCAGAGUUGGAAACAUUUUUAAAAUCAAACUUAUACACUGAAAAUCAUUGUAAAGUGUUGCAAUGUUUAUUUGAAUGUCGUGGUAAACUUGAUGAAGAAAAAAUUAUUGAGAAAACUUUAAUGCGUUUCAAAAAAUCUUUAGCCGAUAGACCAAGUGUAAUACGAGCUACUACAGAUUCGCCUAUGUCUCCGCCAUUAACUCAACAGACAGGAAUAAAACAUAAUAUAGCUCAUAAAGCUGUUGCUGCGGAUCCAAACAGUGUUAUGUAUUUGCAAAUAGUUCAGGAUCAGGACAAUCGUAGAGUUAACCCUCCUUCACGACCACAGUUUGCUGGUAGAUUAAAAUCUAUUCAAAAGAGAAAUGGUAAUUUAUUUGCAAAACUUUAUCAACAUAUAGACGACGACACAGAUACUAAGAGUGCAAAAUAAAAUUGUCUGUAAUUUUCUCUGUAUUGAAACACAUAUUGUCUGACUCAAAUAGAAUAAUAUUAAAAUUAUUAUAAAACAUUUUGUACUGUAAGAUAUUUUUAUUUUUUACUUAUAACUGGUUAAUUAUUAUUGCUAUCAUAAUAUUACUAUUAUUUUAUCCCAAAAUUGUAGUCAAAUUGAAUAGUUCUCAAACUGUAUUCAAAACAACACCCUAACUUUAAUAUAAAUAAAUGGAAACAUGCCAUUAAAACAAUUAA